AUGGACAUACCAAGCAGCAUUAAGCCGUUCGCUGCUAAAAAGUUCUUCCAUAAGACAUGGGCAGGCACAUUUUAUUGCAUGCCGCAGGCAAUUUUCCAGCCUUCCAACGUUGAGGAAAUAAGGGAGCUAGUAAACCAAGCAAGGAUAAAUAGGAAGACGAUAAUGACAGUCGGCUCUGGUCAUUCACCAAGCGAUUUGACGAUGACAAAUGAGUGGCUCUGUAAUUUAGACAAUUUCGAUAGAGUGUUAGAGGAAAAAGAGGUAUAUGGACCAAGUCUCGAUGGUGAGAAGAAAAACGAAGUAAAGUUUGUUGAUUUAACUGUAGAAGCAGGCUGUAGGAUAUUUCAGCUAAACGAAUACUUGAAGGAGAAUCAAUUGGCAAUCCAAAACCUUGGUUCAAUAUCAGAUCAAUCCAUCGCAGGCUUAAUUUCAACUGGCACUCAUGGGUCUUCACAAUAUCAUGGUUUAGUAUCUCAGCAAGUUGUGUCAAUCAAAAUAAUGAAUUCCCUGGGUGAAAUCAUAGAUUGUUCUUCUAUUGAAAAGCCAGAUUUGUUUAGAGCUGCUCUAUUAUCAUUAGGGAAGGUAGGUAUAAUCACUCAAGUUACUAUCAGAACUUGUCCUAGGUAUACUAUAAAAUCGAAGCAGGAAAUUAUCAGGUUUGACACGCUUUUAGCUCAGUGGGAUAGCAUCUGGUUAGAUUCAGAGUUUAUAAGGAUCUGGUGGUUUCCUUAUUCACAAAAUUGCGUCUGUUGGAGGGCAGCUAAAUCUGAUGAGCCUUUAUCAGACCCACCACCAUCUUGGUAUGGUACCACCCUAGGAAGAUUCUUUUAUCAAAGCUUGCUAUGGAUUUCGGUCCAUAUAAUUCCAAGACUAACUCCUUUUGUUGAGAAAUUUGUGUUUAAACAGCAAUAUGGAAUUGUGGAAACUUUAGGAAAGGGUAAUAUCGCGGUACAGAAUUCAGUAGAGGCUUUAAAUAUGGACUGCUUGUUUAGUCAAUUUGUGGAUGAAUGGGCUUGCCCGUUGAACAAGGGUACUUCUGUCUUGCGCCAAUUGAAUGAAUGUAUUCAAAACGCUGCCAAGUCGGGCGAAUUCUUUGUUCAUGCUCCAAUUGAAGUCAGGUGUUCUAACGUAACUUAUUCAGAUGUUGCUUUCAAGUCCGAUGAGACUGGUGAAGAAAGUAUAUUUCCUCCCGAAUCAUGGUUGGCAACCAGGACUAGAUUGAGCCCUGGACCUAUUCCUGGGAAUAAUCUUCGUCCUUAUUUGGACAACUCACCUCAAGGUUUAAAAUAUCCUGGACUAGAUAUGACCAAUGUGACAACGGAUAAUUUAACCUUAUUCAUAAAUGCGACGAUGUAUCGUCCUUUUGGAACACAUGUUGAUACUUCGAAAUGGUUCCAUUCAUUUGAACAUAUCUUACUUCAAGCAGAAGGAAAGCCUCAUUGGGCAAAGAAUUUCAUAGGACUAGAUGGGUCUCAAGAUUCAGAAGAUGAUUUAAAAUCACAAUUGCGGUUCGGCGGCAAGAAGUCGUACGCUAUGCUUGGUUUUGAUCCUGUUAUGAAGAAAUGGUUUGGAAGUAAUUUGAAUAAAUUUAAUAGAAUUAGAAAAGAGAUGGAUCCUGAUGGAGUCUUCUUGAGUGGAAAAAAUUGGUUGAUAAGAAACGGGCUCUUACUUGACUAA